UGAUGUGGAAUACAAAUUCUGGACUAACGGAAUCUCACCCUUAUGACUCUCAUCCGUCUUCUUGGAUUUUCAUGAGGCGUGGAAUUAACUUCUGGGGUAAAGAACACCGUCAGAUUUAUUUAAUAGGGAAUCCAUUAACAUGGUGGUCUUCUACAUUUGCCUUAUUUAUAUUUAUUGUUGCAAAAUCUGUUUUAAUCCUGAGAGCAAAAAGAGGUUAUAAGGAUCAUUUUAACUCGACUAUAGUACAUUUUGAUUCCAAUGCGAGUUUCCUUUUUGUUGGAUGGUUCCUUCAUUAUUUUCCAUUCUUUUUAAUGAAACGACAACUUUUCUUACAUCAUUAUUUCCCAUCAUUAUAUUACGCCAUUUUACUUAUUGGUAUAGGAUUUGAUUUAUUUACGAUUCGAUUACAAAAAAGGGAACGUUACAUAGCAGCCACAAUAUUUUUAUUAGCAGUAAUAUAUUUUUUUUCAAUAUUUUCACCAAUGGCUUAUGGUAAUCCAUGGAUAAAAAGUGAAUGUCAAAGUGCUAAAUGGUUAAAUACUUGGGAUUUUAAUUGUGAUCAACAUUUUGAUACUUAUGACCAAUUUUAUAAUGAAGAUUUAAAAAAUGUAGAUCAAGCAAAUAUUAUAACAAAAACUGAAGAUUCUAUAUCACUUGAUGAUAAUAAUCAAAAGGAACCACACAACGUAUCAAAAGAUGAUGUGGAUCAAUUCGAUAUGGCAAUGACACGCGAAAAAGAUGAUUGGAUUACAAUGGGAUGGGUAAACAAUCAUUAUGAUCUAUCGCGUUAUGGAAAUAUUUAUAUUCAUGUACAAGGUGGGAUGACUGAAGCUAAUUGCGUAUUGUUUCAUCGGUCAAAUCUGUAA